AGAUGAAAAUCAAUGCAAAUUCAGCAAUGAACUUUAGUAAGUCAUUAAAUUCAACAGUCUCAAUUAGGAUGGAUACUAUAGAAGGAUUUGUGGUUAUUACUUUAGGCUUAGUUUGUACAAUUGGAAACUUUUCUUGUAUGGUACUUAUUGUUUGUCACAGAAAAUUCCGUAAAACGACUAUAGUUAUUCUAUGUCAUCACUGCUUUCUUGACUUGGUCAAAUCUCUUUACCUCUUUCCUUAUGGGUAUAGUUUAAUGACGUCACUUCCCGCUCCGUACUGCAAUUGGAUUGGUUCUUCGUAUGUGUUCAUAGUCACAACGUCUGCUUACAACAUGAUGGCGCUUGUUGUCAACCAGGAUUAUGAACUCCUGCUUCCAAGAUAUAGGCAAGAUGAUUGUUCGUGUGUUUUAUUUGGAAUAUUUAUUAUUUGGUUUGUAAGUUUCUUGCUAAAUCUCGGAAUUUCAAUUAUUCCAUCAAAUACAGACUUUAAUGCUGAAAUCGGAAUUUGCUUAUUUCUUUAUGGGUAUAAUUACAGUUAUAUUAUUCAUGUUCUGUGGAUAAUCUUAGUUACUAUAGCUGUGUCCUCAUCGUUAAUGUUUUUCUGUAGGAUGCGAGGAAAGUUAAUCACUGAUAUAAAAAGGUACAAAUGGCGGAAAAUUCACGAGUCUCUCACAGACGAAUUCGAAAAGAUCCUAGAUUUAAAUAUCGAGGUCGGAGAGACAGAUGUUAGCAUGAAGUCACAACGUAAAACUAUUCUUUCACAGUUACGGACAACGAAGAUUUUUAUGUUGAUUGUUAUUUCAUUUAUAGCCUUUUGGUACCCUCUCUUCAUCCUUACGCUUGGCGAUUUCCAUUUCAAAGUCACUCCAUCAGUAUAUCGAAUACUAACGAUCAUUGCAUGGAGUCAUCCAAUCACAACACCAAUAUUGUGUAGUCUUGUUUUACGGGAUAUUGAAUUCAAAGGAUAUACUCUACGUGAUAUUUCCUCAAAUUUGAUUCCCUUGCGACGAGUUUCGUCGCGGAGACACCAUUAUAAGAAUACAGAUGUCUUCGACUUCGACUGUAAAUCCAAUAUAGAUAACGAGGUAUCAGACGAUCAUUUACAAUCAGAAGAUGAAGAAUAUAAAUGCAUUGGAUUUGCAAAUCAACAGUUAAUUCCAGAUAAGGUAACGAGCACGGUAUGAAAACAAAGUUAUCGCUCUUUCUACAGUACUA